AUGAUCAUGGCUGCCGAAGACAGUGGAAGUGCUAAUACGGUGGAUAUUGCAAUGGAGAAAUUAGAUUAUUCAGUUCAUAAAUGUUCUAGUUUUUCGGCUUCAUUUGUUCCAUCGAAUAUCCAAGAAAACAAGUCAACGGACCAGACUUCAAGGUGGUCUUCAGAAUCAAACAACCCUCCACAGUUUCUUAUUUUAAAACUAUCAAAACCUGCAAUUGUAAAAUCAAUAACUUUUGGCAAGUAUGAGAAGAAUCAUGUGUGCAAUCUUAAAAAGUUCAAAAUAUUUGGUGGAAUGACUGAAGAACGUAUGCUGGAGCUACUAGAUACUGGUUUGAGGAACGACAACAUUGAAGAAACAUUCCCGCUGAGGCAUAAUGUUGGGGGUCACGCUUUUCCUUGCAGAUAUAUCAAGAUCAUGCCCCUACAGUCCUGGGGACCUUGCUUCAACUUCAGUAUUUGGUUCGUACUGUUGAGCGGAGUGAACAAGCCCGAAGUAGUAGAACCGGCGUUGGAAUGGUUUAUAGAGUACCAGAAGAGAGAGGCAAUACGGCUUUGUCUGAAGCACUUCCGCCAGAUGAACUACACGGAGGCGUUCGACGCAUUGCAGCGUGAGACACAAGUAGAGCUGGAGGACCCGUUGUUGAGUCGACUUCACUCAACUCUCGUAGAGCAAGGUGACUACCAGGCAGCCGAGGGGUUCAUGGAGCAGGCACUCACUGGUGGGCUGUUGAACUGGUAUGUGUCAAAACAGGAGUACCGAGCUGUUUGGCACAUGCUGGCCAGUGACAAGACGAGGCCAGGCAUGCGCGGCGGACAUCAGAUGUGCAUGGAUCCUCACACGGAGACUAUUUACCUGUUGGGAGGCUGGGACGGCAAUCAGGAUCUCAGUGACUUGUGGGCGUACCAUGUUCCUACCAAACACUGGACAUUGAUAACUCGUGAUACUGAACUAGAGGGUGGACCAAGUGCAAGAUCUUGCCACAAAAUGUGCCUUGAUCCAGAAAGAAGACAGAUUUUUACAUUGGGAAGGUACCUGGACACUCAGUAUCGGACCCCUGAAAAUCUUAAGAGUGACUUCUACGUGUAUGACAUAGACAGCAAUCAGUGGACACUGAUCACGGAUGACACAGCCACCAUGGGCGGACCUCAGUUGAUAUUUGAUCACCAGAUGUGUAUGGAUGUGGCUGCUCGGACGAUUUAUGUGUUUGGGGGUCGAGUACUUACAGCACACGCGAGUGUGUCGGAGGAGCGACCAGGCUGCCUGGGAUUGGUUGGGUCGUCGGAACCCAUAUUCUCAGGCCUGUACUCCUAUCAUGUUGCCACCAACACUUGGAAACUACUGUGUUCCGACAUCCCACCUAGCAACUCUAACACAGAACCUGGCCUUCGCUCCAGAGUAGGGCAUUCCAUGCUGUUUCAUCCGAUUGAGCGCAAACUGUUCAUAUUCGCCGGCCAGCGCAGCAAGGAGUACCUUAAUGACUUUCUAACCUACGACGUAGACACUGGUGUGAUCAGGGUGAUUAGUGACGGGUCCAAGAAACAUAUCAACUCUCUCUCCGCCGCAGGCUUUACUCAACGAGCUACUAUUGAUCCCACGCUCAACGAAAUCUAUGUUCUCUCUGGUUUGAGUAAAGACAAGGAAAAACGGGAUGACAACGUGCAAAACUCAUUUUGGGUCUACUACAUCGCCCAAGAUAGAUGGUCUUGUGUAUAUCAGAAUGAAAACACCGGAGAGCAGUAUUGGAACAAGAUGCAACACGUGGAGCCUUGCCCAAGGUUCGCACACCAGCUCGUGUACGAUCACGUAAACAAAGUUCACUACUUGUUUGGUGGCAACCCCGGCAGAUCUUGUUUGCCCAAGUUGCGUUUGGACGACUUCUGGAAACUUUCGCUGUUCAAACCUUCGCAUUCGCAGUUGCUGCAAAGGUGCAAAGUGCUGAUUCGGACCUUCAGGUAUCGGGAGUUGGCUAUGACAGAAAGUCUCUCUGCUUUACACUACCUACAAACUUCCCUCUCGGAGAUAAUAGAUCACCAAGACCCUGACCAGACUAAGGAAUUCCAGCAGUUGGCGUCCCUGAUAUUCCAAGACAAGAAGUGCCAGUCGCUGGGUGAGAGCGACCUGCAUCAGCACAGGUUCAAGUUGUACGAGCAGCUGGCCGUGUUCUUCCCCGAGUCUAUGACGCAGCCGACAGGCAAUCUCAUGGACUUGGUACCAUUGUAGGCCUUGCUCUAGUCAACCAUGUACGGCAAGGCAGAGAUUUUGAUACUUCAACUUUUCUAUCCAGAUUUUAUGCUGUAAAAUAGAGGUGUAUGAGUGUGGCUUGAUUUCCUAAGCCUAGCGUAAAUGUUUGAUCGAGGGAGAAAAUCGAGCUGAGCUUUUAUUGUUUUGAAGCAUCUGUAAAGAUUUCACCAUCGCAAAUUCACGAACAAAAUUCAUUGUGGUAGCCUGUUGCGCUUUUGCAGGAGACGAUCAUGUUUCAGCAAUCGCUGGAGAUAAUCACGAUAGCGGUUUUAACGGAUUAUAGUAUUUUAUCUACGAUUAUAUAAAUCUCUCAAAAUGUCACUUUUUAAAGAGUAGCCUACACAAGUAGAUGACAUUGGUUUUAUUUAAAUUGAGUCGUUGUUUUAUAAACGAUACGCAUACAUUUAAUUCUUUAUGGAAACAUUAAAAAGCUUUUUGAAUAGAAGAAUUUGGCUAAUCAAUUUGAUAUAUAGCAUUACGGCACUUUGUUUUAUAAUAACGCUCGGCCGAAUAACAUUUAGGCUCAAGCUUUUUCCAGAAGCUCAGGCUCGAUUAAAUAGCUCAAGUUUACAGACCCCUACUGAUCCUCCAUCUUUGGAACUGAAAGCUAAUUUUACCUCCCUCAGUGUUUUGGUAACUUUGGAUUUAACAUUUUGUAACUAUUUAAAAAAUAAGUUAAAAGUUUUAUCCUAAAAUUAUAAAUAAUUAAUGUUUUGUAAUCAUAAUUUGUCAUCUAUUGCUAUCAUUGUGUUUAAGGUUGAAUGGAAUGUUUGAACUAAAUUUGAAGAUUUAAAAAUUCAUGUAAAUAAAUAGUAUACUUGACUAGUAACAAAAGUGGCAUUUUCCAGUGUGAGCUAUUUUGUUUCAAGUGUGAGAGCGAAGACAAGCAUGGGAAUAACUCAAGCAAAUGACAAAAAAGCACCUUUGGUAUGGGUUAUGAAUGAUACUUUUCAUUACAAUCAUUUUGUAGACGAGUAAAAACAUAUGAUUUGAAUUGUAAAAUACAUUGAAAUGACAUUGGUGUACAUAUGUUCAAAAGAAUCUAACUUGGAGCAAAGGAAAGUAAAUUUGUUUUAGUAAUCAGCUGAUUGUUUUCCUUUCUCAGAAUUAGAAUGUAGGAAACGGGUGAUUUUUCAGCUGAAAUUAGGGGUGAGGUUCAUUUGUCCGAGUUUUCAUUUGUCCAAGUGUUCAUUUCUCCGAUGUUAGUUUAAAUAAUAAUAAUAUUUGGUGAAUUCAACUGUCCGAGGUUUUAAACGAUUUGAAAAAAUUUUGAAAUAUUAUUUGUCCCAGUUUUCAACUGUCGAGUAUUAUCAGCGCCAAAAGUGACUCUGCUACCGAGCCGC